AAGACCGCGCCUCGACUUCGACGGUCAUUCUGUCGCCCGCUCGACGUCGACCGUCUACUCGAUCUUGUGGGUUUUUGAGCGGGAUGUGGAGCCUUCUAGUGACAAACGUGACCGUCGUUUGCUGUUUGGCGCUGUUUUGGCCUGUACGUGCUGCGAGUAUCUCGACACAAGAUGAGAGACAAGCCUAUCCGCUCACGUUCCUCGACACUCUCGAGAGCUCGAUCGGUGGAAGCGGAUUUCCAGACGAAACGAACGAGACCGAAGAUUGCUGUGCCAAGUGGUUCGAGUGUGGUUUGCAAUUCGAUCAGACGAUCAAAGCGAUAUUCGACGAGCUGCCCGCCUGUCCGUGUUUCUUCCAUCCUCAGAUGCUUCCCUUCGGCGGCCGAAUUGAAGACCCGAAGCAUAAGCGGCACUUUCGUUGGCGCGACGUCACUCAACUUUUCAGUAAUAAACUGCCGCGCCAAGAGCCGGCCGAGUGGUGCAUCGAGCAGAAGCCAGAGCCAGGGAAAUUAGCUGCUCAACACUGUUGUUAUAACAACAGCACUAUGCUGAUAACGCGUGGAAGCGGAGCGGGCAGUCCUCGUCUCGUCAGUCCAAGCAGAUUUUUUCUGUACCACGAAAAAUUCGAUAUACAGCCGUGGAUUGACUGUAAGGGUGACUGGACGCGCUAUCAUGCCAUGCGGCCGCCGAACAACGACCUUCUUUGUCAUCAGAAUCCGAGUGAAAAGGAGUACCGACUGCAGCGACUGCAGGCUCAGAGUUACUAGCAGCGAAGUGGAACACGAGGGGACGGCGACAGGUGUACGCAUCGUUGAGUGGGAAAUUUUAUUUGUAAACUCAAGGCGGACAGAGCCAGUAGAGAAAAGAGAUUAUCGGAGAGUAUUUAGCGAGAUAUUUUUAUGCUAGCGCGGACUAGCUCGAUUUACGUAAUUACAGCAGCCGAUAUGACGCUGCCAACUCGAUACAUUGAUGUGGACAAUGAUGUCGGACUAGUCUAAUCAGCUACAAUGUAGACCUUGUAAGUUGUAAUAGUGCGUAAUGAUGACAUCAUUAUUAAAACGAUUAGGAGUGGA